AGUUUUUGGUUUCUUAAAGCAUCGUGUCUGUUUCACCAAAUGUCACAAUACGUUUUUGGAUCAAGGAAGUACUGCAUUGUUCUGUACCGAAGGUAUAAUCCACAGACUCCAUGUGGAAGGACACACAUCACGCAUUCUUCUCAGGACAAUGGGUCAAGAGAAAAUUGUGGACAGUCAUAUUAUCAAAGGUAGCUGCCAUUCCAGGAAAUGAUUUUGUUGCCCUUCCUAAAACAUACACACAACCGAGUAUUCCUGUGAUAAAAUGUAACCUACCGCUGCAAAGUGAUCUGCAAAAUUUGCCUUAUCUCAGAGAUAUUCGCCUGCCAAAAAUAAAUGAAGAGAUUAAGCUUUUAAUAGGUGUCAAUGUUCCCAAAACUUUGUAUACAAAAAAAAAAAACAAGAAAUUUACAAAAACUACAAGAAGGAAUAAGAUCCUCCACACAGCAACAACUCAGAGCACCACAAAGACAGCACAACAGCGGGAUAGGAAACAGAACAUCCAAGCCGGGAUCAGCACUGGCUUUGUUGAAUUGCAACUUUUUCACUGUAUCCAACAAGCCUUCGGACUCUUCUAGCAAAACAAUUUCAAGAAUACAGUUAAGACUUUUUGAAGACAGGACACAACUGGAAAAUAUACGGUUUACUGUAGUCAUCACAAUGACUGAUGGGGAUUAUGACUACCUUAUAAAGCUCCUUGCCCUGGGGGACUCCGGUGUAGGGAAGACCACGUUUCUUUACCGAUACACAGAUAACAAGUUCAACCCCAAGUUCAUCACUACAGUCGGCAUCGACUUCAGGGAAAAAAGAGUGGUCUACACAGCAUCCAACCCCAAUGGAACGACAACCGGAAAAACCUUCAAGGUUCAUCUUCAGCUGUGGGAUACAGCUGGACAGGAGAGGUUCCGCAGCCUGACAACAGCAUUCUUCAGGGAUGCCAUGGGGUUCCUGCUGAUGUUUGAUCUCACAAGCCAGCAGAGCUUCCUGAACGUCAGAAACUGGAUGAGCCAGCUUCAGGCCAAUGCUUACUGUGAGAACCCAGACAUUGUCUUAGUGGGGAACAAGGUCGACCUGGCUGACCAGCGGGAGGUUCAGGAGAAACAAGCCAAGGAGCUGGCUGAUAAAUAUGGGAUCCCAUAUUUUGAGACCAGCGCUGCGACAGGAGCAGAAGUGGACAAGGCGGUGAUAACGCUGUUGGAUCUGGUCAUGAAGAGGAUGGAGCAGUGCGUCGACAAACCUCCGGCAGAAUCAGCCAAUGGGAACGGGGCUACCAAGCUCAGUGAUGCACAGCCCAUUGAUAAAAAAUGUGCGUGUUAAGUCUGGAGGUUUUUCAAGUCAUCCACCAGUCGAUUCGUUUCUGUUGUCUUCUACUGUUGCAUUCUUUACAGCUUUUUUUAAAUUCUCCCUUGUCUCCCAGUCAGUUUGUGGCCGCAUGUUUCUUCAUCUCCCUGUAACUUUUUUCUCUGAAAGGAUUUAUUGUGUUCUUUAGCUCUUCCUUUUUUCCACUGUGGUGAUCGAUCUCCACAAUGGUCUGCAGCCCCAACAAUGAAACAACUCCACCUCCCUCUAGUGGACAUUUCUGCUGUUACAGCAUCGAGCUGUGGAAUUCAAGAGGAUGGGACGGUUUCAUCACCGUCCCAAAUGAACAUGCCUCUUUGAACACACACAAGCUGGGAAUAAACCUCAGUUCUCUAUCUCUGUGGACACAAAAAUGACUGCAAAGGACCUAAACACUGAAACCUACAUUUACAUGAUACUAACCUGUCUAACACUUUUAGUAACAUGUUCAAAACCAGGGAACAUAGAAGCUUAUUUGAGUUGCAGAGUUCUAUUUUAGUUUCUGUGCAGCUUUGGUCUCUUUCUCAUAAAGGUUCUCCUCUCAGAAAACCGUGAAGAAUCACUUGUGUUUCUCCUGGUUAUCUUGUGCUCCACAGCGUGCCAAAAGUGUUUUGUUGAAGUGGCUGCGGUGCAGGAGCAGUUUCAAGCAGAAUUCUGCUCUGAUAUUAAGUUCUUGUCUCGUUAUCUUUAUAUUAGGUUUGUUUUUUUGUUUGGAGGGGGGGAAUAACAAAAGUCAACAAAUAAGUCAUCCAACUUAACUUUUGAGUUCACUUUCAAUAUUUUCAAAUUUAAUAUGUAGCUAAUUAGUUUUAUACAGACUCUGUCCCAGCCCCAAAACAAUCUGUUUGUCUGACGAUUCAGAGCUUUCUGCCCUCAUCACCGCAUGACCACAGAGAUCAAAGCAGUCCAAUGUUUGAUUACAGGUGAACACUUUGUGAAAAAUAAGAUAAAAUGAUUCAACAAAUACUUUCCUUCUGCCACGACUUUUAUUUACGUUCUAUUUUUCACAUUCUGUCAUUUCAUUUAUAUUGAGGAUUUCCUCAAAGAUGCAGGAAUUUCAUGAGUUUUUAGAGAUGAUUCUUCAAUAAGGUGCAUUCACACUGAACGCAAUUCGCACGGCAGAGGCGGCCAGUUUCGCCGCGUAGCAAAAGCCAAUCAGGAACUCAGCUUUAAGCACAUGACGUUUUCAAUGACUCGAUCAGUGGGUAGAAUAUUAUUCCAAAGCAUACGUUUUUGUCCUGAACUUUCAUCGUUUCCAUUUACCCAUUGGAGCUGCAAGUUCUCAGAGCUCCUCGAGCUACUUUGGAGUGAAGGUGGGAUACACUCUGGACAGAUCGCCGGCUUUCUCUCCUGCAGCGGAGCUCACUCACGCGACAUGCCGGCAGAGAGAGAGAGACACUGAGGGGUGAAGAGGCUGCCAGCUCAGGCCUCUUUCAGACAUUGAGAAAAAGGAAAAAGGUCUCCUAAUUUUAUUUUCCCCCCUUUGGUUAAUACGAAACAGAGAGCCUUCGAGCUCAGCCACAGAGACACAGAAACACCGUCCUGAAAAUCUUUAAUAAUCAAAUAAACCCAAACAUAAAGACAUGAUUACUGAUGUGUUUGUAGAACUCUUUACAAUAAGUAAACCUGAUCUAUUUCUCAACAUCAUCUGUGUCUUUCGUACACUCUAAUUGAGAUAUCUACAGUCACCGUUCCUUACAGUGAUCAUCUUAAAUGCAUUCAGCUGGUAGCUCCUCCCACAUACGGCUGCGCAGCGUCAAGCAGCGAAUUUGUUGCACUAAGCGCCUUCAGUGUGAAUGCGUCUUAACACUUGAGGCAUCGUUGGUGAUGGUUAAACACAAAAAUCUUUAACAUACUGUAACUUUUCAACCGUCAACACGAUAAUUCCAGUAGAUUCUGAGGGAACUCCAAUAGAAAAGCGGCAUGAGCCAGCAUGAGCAUGAGCCGCUUUUCUACUUGAACUCAAUUGAUCAAUCGUCCUAACAUUUAUUAAAAAUACAGUAAAUCAAAGAAAAUAAAUUGAGGCGAAAGUUGCAGUCUGGUGAGGGAGGCGGUCCAAAAGUCCCACCAAAAUCUGAUGGUCCCUAACAUAUCAGUACUUAUGUUACUCAUAAGGUGACAAAAAUGUUAAAAACUCCAGCAGAAGCAAAGUGCUGCCAAAAUCUCUUCAUUUUUUUGUUUUAAAUAGAUCUUAAAAGUUCCUUUUAUGGAGACUGAUGUUUAGUCACUCUGACCAGCUGUUGCAAACUCUUUUUAUGAAGAGUAUGUUUAGCUAAAGAGAAAAGUGGGGCUUCUCUGGCCGAAAAUGUGCUUCAAGACUGAAUUUCAGGGCAGAAAAUGCUGAAAAGUUGUGUUUUAUGUGGAGUAGAAUGCUGAGUUUUUACAAGUCUUGUUAGCUGUAGUAAAUGGAGAAGAAAUGUUUGUCUCACAGAGGCCUUUAAGCAACAGUUUUAGUGCUUUUGUUCAAAGCAGUUAUCCACAAACUAAUACAACUAACUGCGACAAUCUUUUGAAGCUAACUGAUGCUUUUUUUGUUCACCUUUUCCUUAAAUCUGCUGAAAUAUUCAUUCUCUGCAGCCACUUCCAUGUCUGUUCUCUGUGUAAUACUUUAGCUGCUUUGAAUGAGAUUUGGUUCUUAAACCACGUCUUACUUGUAGCUUCUGAAUUAAAAGUUUACACUGUUUGCUGUUAUGCUGUGCCUGUUGAAACUCUUCUGCUUGAAGUUUAUGAGCUGCUGAAUAUUUAUAAGCAAAACUAACUCUAGUUCGCAGAGCAGAGGCAAACGGGAGCAGAGUACCUCCAAGAGCUUUUAUUUUUGAAAACUCCUCUUUGUGUGAUUCCCUCUGACGUCUGCAGAUGCACUUGUUUGUUCAGUUGUAACCGUGUGUGUUGAUGACUGUGUGUGUUUUGCCCUGUCAGCAUGCUGGACACACUGAGGAUGGAAUGAGCCACGAUGCUUUAGUGUUCAGGACAUAGAGCUGCAAAUAAAUGUCAGUUAGGUUUA